CGCGGCGCAAGAGAAAUGACGUAGCUGUCAUGUUGAUCAGCUGAUUUAGCGAUUUGAUCAAAAAGACAACAGAAUUUACCUGGGAUACGAUAUUCAAAACCAAACGGGAGCGCAUCGUCUUUGGGUCGGACACUAUUGACAUGCUCCAUUUGGUCUGCAAUCAUGGACAAGAUUUUGGAGGGCCUGAUUAGCUCUACUCACGCACUCCCGGUGAAGAAGGCCAUCGUGAAAAAGGUGGUGGAGGCGGCCGAGAAGGACGUGGCACCAGAGGAGUGCCAAGCCCUGUUUGGCGUCACCACCCGCCUCGUUCUGCUGGGUGAGGACACUUUCCAGAAGCAGGUGGGCUUCCAAGUCCUAGAGGCGUACGCCCGCUACCAUCGUUCAGAGUUCGAGGCGUUCUUCAGCAAGGAUUUUGUGCUGGGUCUGCUCCAGCAAGGCUAUGAGCAGCUGGAGCACAAAGACCCGGCCGUAGUGGACUACAUCCACUGCGGCCUGCGGCUGCUCAUCAGCUGCCCCGCCGUGUUGGAGCUGUUCGCUGUGGUACAGGUGGAGGUGUUGAGGAUGGUGUGCGAACGGCCCGGCCCCGCCCUGUGCGCCCGUCUCGCCACUCUGCUGUCGGACUUUGUGCAGUGCGUGCCCAGGGACAAGGGCGGGAUCCUGUUCUGUCAGCAGCUGGUGAGGACCAUCGGCUACUUCCACUGCCUGGCCAGUCAGGAGCAGGAGCUGAGCGAGUACGUGGCCCACGUCACCAAAGUCGGGACGUUACUGCAGAACAUCUGGAAAGCUGAGCCGGCCACGCUGCUGCCUUCCAUGCUGGAGGUGUUCGCCAUCAUCUCAUCCACAGACCCGUCCUUCGAGCCAUCCAUAGCUUUGGCCAGUCUCGUGCAGUACAUCCCAAUCCAGAUGAUUGCCGUUCUUAUAAAGAGUCUUACGACGGACCAGAACGUCAAAGAUGCAAACAUGACCAAAGCGCUCUGCAGAAUGAUCGACUGGCUCUCGUGGCCUCUGGCCCAGCACGUGGACACCUGGGUCAUCGCUCUGCUCAAAGGACUGGCCGCCGUUCAGAAGUUCACCAUUCUUAUUGAUGUCACUCUGCUCAAAAUUGAACUGGUGUUCAAUCGUCUAUGGUAUCCCAUCGUGCGCCAGGGGGCGCUCGCCGUCCUCUCCCACAUGCUCCUCAGUUUCCAGCACUCUCCUGAGGCCUUCCAUCUGGUUAUUCCACACGUGGUGGGUCUGGUGCACUCCCUGCAGACCGACGGCCUCCCCACCAGUAAGGCCUUCCUGCGUCAGUUCACUGAGCUCAUGCACUGCAUGAUGUACCAGUACUCUGGAUUCCCAGACCUCUACGACCACAUUUUGGAAGCCAUUAAGGAUAUGCCGAAACCAAGCGAAGAGAAGAUCAAGCUGGUGUUGAAUCAAAGUGCUUGGACUUCCCAAUCCUACUCAUUCGCCUCCGGUCCUCUGAGGCAGGCCGGGAAGUCCGAGACUGGCAAGACGGGCCUGGUCAACUUGGGCAACACCUGCUACAUGAACAGCAUCCUCCAGACACUUUUCAUGGCCACAGAUUUCAGACGACACGUCUUGUCGCUGAGCCUGAAUGGUUCCGGCAUGCUGAUGAAAAAGUUGCAGAUGCUCUUUGCCUUCCUUGCACACACCCAGAGGGCGGCCUACGCUCCCAGGAACUUUUUAGAGGUAUCGCGGCCGCCAUGGUUCAACGUGGGCUCACAGCAGGAUUGCUCGGAAUACCUCCGUUUUCUCCUGGACAGGUUGCACGAAGAGGAGAAAACGAUUCAGGUGUUGGAAUCGGCUACUCCAAGCGUUCCCGCUGACGUCGUAGAUUCAAGCAGCAAAGACCCAACCGCUCUGACAUCCCCUGAGGAAGGCGAAGCUUCCUCUCCGAAAGUGGAUGACGACGACAGACGUACGCUCAUCGAGAGGACUUUCGGCGGAAAGCUCCUGACGGGCAUCCGCUGUACGCACUGCGACGGCGUCUCAGAAAAGGAGGAACCCUUCACGGACCUCUCACUGGCCUUCUGCCCCUCGAGGGACACCGGCAACUCCGACGAGUCCAAAACCGACGAUUCUAAAGUGGUUUGCCAGGGUUCUGUCAACGGCGGGAGCGAGACCCCUGUGCCGGGUAUCAAAGACGGAGCCAGCCACGUACGCGCUGUCCCAGAGAAUGAGCCGCACCUCUCAGUGCUCGAUUUGGUGGACUACUUCCUGGCUCCCGAGAUCCUGGACCAGGAAAACGCCUACUUCUGCAGCAAGUGCGGCAGCCUGCGGAGGGCCGAGAGGACCCUCAAGUUGACCUCGGCCCCUGAGUACCUGAUCCUGACGCUGUUGCGCUUCGCUUACGACGCCAAGUGCCACGUACGUCGCAAAAUCCUGGACAACGUCACCAUCCCGUCGCACCUUCGGCUCCCCGUGCACCGCGCCUCUGUGCCUUCACCGCCCCAGCUGCCGCUCUCCUCCCCAACCAUGGCGAAUUCCCCCGAGAACAGCGAGAACCUAGCCAAGAAGCUCAAACCCUCCCAUCGAGACGAAGAAGUCCAGUCGGUGGGUUACAUCCUCAGCUCCGUUGUGAUGCAUUCAGGCGUGUCGUCUGAGAGUGGACAUUACUACUCCUACGGCUGCGACAGCAUAGCGCACACGGACACCGCCUAUCAAAAGGAGGACUUGAGUCAUGGGGAGAUAGUUCGGGAGGGUCCCAGUGGUCAGGGAGGUGGCACCGUGCGCCCCAGCGACUGGCUGCUCUUCAACGACAGCAGGGUGACGUUCGCCUCCUUCCAGUCGGUGCAGAACAUCACGCACCGUUUCCCCAAGGACACAGCCUAUGUGCUCAUGUACAGGAAACAGGAAGUGGCAGGGCAGGACUCUGUCAAAGGCUUGGCGGACAACGUAACGAGGCACACCGCCGAGCCGCCGCUGCAGAAGGAACUUUUGGACGCCAUUGUCAAGGACAACAAGCUGUAUCUCCAGGAACAAGAACUGAACGCUCGGACUCAGGCCCUGCAGGCUCCAUCGUCUUCCUGCUCCUUCCGGCCCAACGGCUCGGACGACAACAACCCACCGGGGAGUUGCGGCCCAUCCGGAGGAGGUGGUGGAGGAGGCGGAGGGGGAUUUAACACCAUCAGUAGACUGGUCUUCUGAAACGAAAUAAAAAGCACAUAACGUUAGCAAGUGCAAGGGUGGGGGAACCUUUUUGCUGUCCUCAGAGGGCCGCGGGACCCAGCACGUCUUCAUGCAAGGAGACUCAAAUCUCUUGAUUUACAGGUGCCAGUUGUGCAAGUGGUUUAUAUUGAAAUAAGGAUGUCGACCACAACACAUGGUGCCUGCUAAUAUUCUCAUUCAUCCAGGUCAUUUCAUUCUCAGGGCAUUGAAUUCAUCGCAACCGGGCUUGCCUGGUCAUCUUGCAAGACGUUUCACCUCUCAUCUGAGCAGUGUGCCAUCGGUUCGUGCAGCAAGGCUGGGAAGGACCGCAAAAGCCUUUUCGGUGUCGAAAAUCAAAUAAUUAUGCAGCACUUAAUCUAGCAACAUAGUUUCUUUAAGACAAGGAGAUGUCCAAUUUACAGCAAAUUGGGCAAUUUGGCCUCUUACACAAAGACCCAACCAUGUAAAUCACCAGUGUCAAACUCAAGGCCCAGGGGCCAGAUCUGGCCCAUCCAUUUUAUGUUGCCCGCGGAGGCAAAUCAUGUGUAUCAACUUCCAAGAUUUUUUUUUUUUCUUAAAAUCUGUAGCAAAAUUUCAAAUUGUCAUAUAAAUCAUAACAUUGAGAUCUUACAAGCAUUUUUGUGUUACCAAACAACAAUAGUUGGAAAAACCCAUUAUCCUUGAUUUCUGAUUCCAAAACUACUUCAUAAAUUUCAUGUGUAAAUAUGAUGAGGUGGUUAAGGAUUUUUAUGCUCUCACAGCCAUAACGGCACUCUUAGGGAAACCGCAAGUACAAUGUGGCCCGCGACGAAAAUAAGUUUGACACCCCUGAUGUAAAUUUUGCUACGAUCCAGCCAAAUUCCAACUUGUUAGUAGUUCGGCCUUUUUCAGACAGAUUUGGACGAAUUAUUUUAACAAUUUGAAUACUUUCAGACAGAGAUUAAGACAAAUUUCUGAAAAUUGGUAAUCUGUCAAUUUGACCUCUCGCAGAACCCGUACAGGUAUAUGUAAUGCAAUAUAAAUCAUGAAUCUUAUAAAAGGUGUCAUUUCCCACCUUGUUUCCAUACCACUGAGUGAGGUGAAUUUGGAGGUCAUAUCUGAGCUGUUACAAGCGGGAUGAUAACUUUGUGUAAGGUUAUUUCAAAAUAAAGAUGGAUACAUUCUGGGUCUGCCUCUACUGCCCUGAUGCUACAGUUUUGCUAUACUCUAUACUGAUGUAACGUGGCUAAAACUAAAGCUUUACAGAUGCCAGCUCUGUAGGCAGUUUGUACAGUGGUGCCUUGGAGAUGCGACUGACUUGACCUAUGUAUUUUUGAUGAUCUGCGCCAUCAUUCAGAUGAUUUUUUUUUUUUUUUUUUUGCUUUGACUUUCAACCUCAAACUGAUCUGUAUGGUGACAGUUAACUAAGUUCAGCUCCCUUCACAAUAAUGCGUUUGGCAAGCCAUAAACAUUUAAUAUAAAAAAUAGGCUUCAAGCUGUAAAAUGCCUCUCCCAGCAAUGAGAAUUACAAGUUGUUUUUUUUCAUUGUUACAGUAACAACGACCCGCUAGCCUAAUGCCAAUGUUCAUCCAUCAUGGAAAAUAAAUAAUAGAUUACUGUAGGAGAGUAACUGUGUUUUAUCACUGCAGUUCCAAAAGUGAAACCAAUAAAUUAUAGUUUCAUUCAACACAAAUGACUUAUCGAAAGGCCAAUUCUGACUUCAUUUCCGGAAUAAAGACUUUUUGACUUUAUGUAACACAAAUUUCUCAGAGAUGGUAAAAUGUGGGGUUUUGUCAACUAAGCUAAAAUCAUCAUAAAUGAAACCAUUAAAUAGUUUACUCUGUAUAAAUACAGAGUAUGUGAUUUCUUGUAAUAGGAAUGUUUAAAUUGAACCACAGAAAUGCAUGUUUUUUAAUAUAUUGAGAUGCACCUGUAUUUUUCAGUACUGACUUUCGGCAGCCGAAGAGGGCAUACCAGAAGUAUCCGCACACUAAAUUUGAUGGCAGCAUUAAAUCAUGAUGCCUUAAUCUUUCAAUGUAAAAUACUACAGAGUCCUAGUUUUCCUUAAAAAAAAAAAAAAUGGAGGUUGGGUGGCUGCUGGAACCGAUUGAUGGCAUUUGCAUUCAUUUGAAUAGGAAAAGAUGAUUUGUGAUACAAGUACUGUACUUGGAUUUACAAGCACGGUCAUAGAACAAAUUAAACCUGUAUCUCAAGGCACCACUUUAUUAUGUUCAGAGAUGGUUGCCCACCACUGCCAAAAAAUCACUGAAAAACUCAUUGACGACUCGGAAUUGUUUACACCGUAGACCGUUUUUAAUUUAUUGAGAUUUUGUUCAGGUGAAAUGUACUUUCUUUCAAUCAAGUUUUCAACAAAAAGUGGUUUUAAAUUACCUCAUAUGCAAACCGCAUAUAGCACAGUACAAUGCAUUACAAUACAACUACAGCAGAACCUCCAAAGUGGAUGGACGCAGUAUCACACUUGAAGUCACAUGAGACUUAAUUUGUAGUUCUAAAUGUUUGGGGGGGUUUUGGGGUGGGUGAGGGGUCUUUUUGAGUGGCUUUGUAUUUUGGGGGUGAAUGAUAUCAGUGAUAGCAAACGAGUGAUGGCAACUGUAGAGCAAGAAGUGGAACAUUUGCAGAUAUUAGAGAUGUCUUAACUGCUCAGAAAAAUAUGAGCAAUACAUCCAGAGCUGCUUAUCCUCACGAGGGUCACGGGGAGAACAUGGAAAUGCCACACAGGCGGGGCUGGGAUUUGAAACCUGGUCCUCAGAACUGUGAUGCCAACGCUCUAAGCAGUUCUUCCACCGUUCUGCCCUGAGUAAUACAACUAAAUUUCAGUUCCAAACACCUUGAACAUCACUGAGCAAAUUCUCAUAUAUUAGCAUGAAGCUACAUUUCACUUCUGAGGUUCUACUUCUCAUUUGCAUGCGUUUUGAUCUGUGCUGUGUUUCAAUUUUUUUUCCCCCCAGGAAUGAUUGAGUCAUUGGGUAUUUGAUAACUUUUAAUAUCAUACACUGUAUUUGCAAUAAAUACAUUUUUCUCAAUGUCACUCCCGCUAAUUGAU